CAGUGCCCAAAUCAAGUUGAGCGCGUUCGUGGAUUGAUAACGCGUCCCAGAUCAAAUUGUCGUGGUUCAACAUUACUGCCUUCGGGUUUCCCACUGUUCCAGACUAUAAAAACAUUCAUUUUAAUUCGAUUAAGUUGCAGUUUAGCCUGCAGUGUCAAUAAAUAAUUGUGUGAUUCACUUCGUGGCUGUACAAUAUGGCUACAACCCAUGUGAAAGAGAGUAAAAGGUUGGAGUUUAUUCUACACGGGAUUAAGCAAACCGUUGAUACGAAAAAUCUUUCGCCGGAAACUACUCUCAAUGAAUAUCUUCGUGACCAUAUGCAUCUCACUGGCACUAAAUAUAUGUGCCGUGAGGGUGGAUGUGGUGUCUGUAUUGUUUCUGUUACUGCCAAGAAUCCACGAACGGGUGUUAAGGAAACAUUUGCAGUGAAUUCUUGCUUGGUAUCGAUUUUGUCUUGUGGUGGUUGGGACAUCACUACUACUGAAGGCCUAGGUAAUCGUAGUGAUGGGUACCAUCUAAUUCAGCAGAAAAUAGUUCAAUUCAACGGUACCCAAUGCGGUUUUUGUACUCCUGGUAUGGUUAUGAAUAUGCAUGCACUGCAGGAGUCUGGAAAAAUGACUAUGGCUGAGAUAGAGAAUUCAUUUGCUGGAAACAUUUGUCGUUGUACGGGAUACAGACCCAUUUUAUCCGCUUUUAAAUCAAUGGCAACUGAUGCCGAUCCUAAGAUCCUAGGCAUCAUUCCUGACAUUGAGGAAUUGAAACUCUGCAAAAAAGAAAACUGCAAAAAGACAUGUCCUACUCCGUGCCAGGACGUAGAAACCCCGUUGGUGUAUGAAUUAAAACAGGAUGCAACAACAAACAACGUUGUUGUUGAUUCGAAAGAUGUUCCUGUACCUACCAACAAGAAUUGGUUCAAAGUAUCAUCCAUUAAAGAAAUUUGUGAUGUUUUGAAGUCUCGUGGUGAUGAAGACUAUAAACUGGUAGGUGGAAAUACCGGACGAGGCGUUUAUUGGGACAUGGACAAGGCUAAGUAUUACAUCGAUGUCAGUGGAGUUCCUGAAUUGCGUUCCAUCUCUCAUAACACUGAUAAACUUGUUCUGGGAGGAAAUGUGACUCUUACAGAGAUGAUGGAUACGUUUACCCAAGUUGGUAACAGCGAUGAAAGUUUUAAACAUCUAUUGAGAGCUGUGGAGCACAUGGAUUUGGUAGCAACCGUACCAGUUCGCAAUAUUGGUACAAUUGCUGGUAAUCUGUUUAUGAAGUACAAGCAUAACGAGUUUCCUUCUGACGUGUUUCUUCUUUUGGAAACCAUGAAUGCUAAGCUUGUUCUAGGUAGCAAUGAAAAAUCACAAACUGUAUCACCCCGUGAGUUUCUUGGUCAAAACAUGUUCAAAACAAUCAUCCAACGUAUUGAAAUACCAGCUCUCGACUCAAGCUACAAGUUUCAAUCUUAUAAAAUCAUGCCCAAAUCACAAAAUGCACACGCGCAUGUCAACGCCGGUUUUCUUUUCAAACUGAAUGCAGAUAAUGUUGUUGAGCAAGCAAAUAUUUGUUUCGGAGGAAUCAAUCCAACUUUUGUUCACGCUACUAAUGCUGAAAAAUGCAUCAUUGGUAAACAGCUAUUUAACAAUGGCAAUAUGCAGGCAUUAUUUGCCAAACUUGACACUGAAUUGACUCCUGAUUAUGAGCUUCCCGAUCCAAAACCGGAUUUCCGUAAAGCAUUGGCUAUUGCCCUCACAUAUAAAGCUAUUUUAUCCCUUGCACCGGAUACAAUGAUCACGAAAACCAACAUGAGCGGUAGUCAAAAGUUGGUUAGACCUGCAGUCUCAAUGGGGACACAGGAUUACAAAACAAACAAAUCGAUGUAUCCAAUUGGUCAACCUGUGGAUAAAUACGAAGCUGCUGAUCAAGCUUCAGGAGCUGCUAAAUAUAUAAUGGAUUUGCCUGAUUUACCAAAUCAGUUAUUCGCUGCUUUUGUUAUGGCGAAAGCACCAGCUGGAUCGAUUGUUAAGUCAAUUAAUGCUUCAAAAGCUUUGGAAAUGGAAGAUGUAGCCGGGUUUUACCAAGCUUCUGAUGUUGAGGAACUAGGUGGAAAAAACACCUACAUUGCUCCAUAUUCAUUUUUGCCUGAAGAAGAAAUUUUGUUUGUGCCCAUUAAUGGCAAAGUGCAAUACUAUUUCCAACCUCUUGGAAUUAUUGCAGCCAAAACUCAAAGACUGGCUGAGUUGGCUGCAGACAUGGUGGAGAUUGAAUACACUUCUCCAACAACAAGUCCACUGCUUAACAUUAGAGAUGUUUUGAGUCACAAUGAAACCUCAAGAAUCACGCAUGAUCAUACUGUGGUACCCAAACAUCAAGAUUUAAAUACACCUAAGAAAAUAAAAGGUAAGUUCGACAUCAACUGGCAGUACCAUUACCACAUGGAAACACAAGCAGUCAGCGUGGAACCAGAUGAGGAUGGUAAAUAUAAUAUACAUCCUGGUACCCAAUGGAUGGAUGCUCUACAGACGGGUAUUACUAACGCUCUGAAAAUCCCUGCGCAUAAAUUGAACAUAACUGUUCGGCGUUGUGGAGGAUCAUAUGGUGCAAAGAUUUCUAGGAGUAAUUGGCCUGCUGUAGCCGCUACACUCGUAGCCAUGAAACUACAGAAACCUGUAAAAUUAUGGUUACCGUUUCACGUCAACAUGAAUAUUAUCGGGUGCCGUAAUCCCAUUGCCAAUGAUUAUGAAGUAGGUUUUGAUGAAAACGGUAAAAUUGGAUUUUUGAAUCACAAAAUCUAUCAUGAUACUGGCCUGCACAUUAAUGAUUUACCAAAGGAAGCGAUGAUGGAUCUACUUCUGAAUACUUAUAAUUCAGAUGCAAUGCAAGUUGAUUAUAACUAUGUGCGUACUGAUAUGCACACCGCGGCUUGGACGAGAGCACCGGGAAGUACUGAAGGUCUUGCUAUGAUGGAAGCUAUUAUGGAGCAUAUAAGCUAUGCACUUGGGAAGGAUCCAGUUGAUGUGAGAUUAGCUAAUUUGAACGUGACUAAAUACCCGAUCAUUGGGACAAUGGUGGAUGAUUUCUUGAAAUGGUCAGAUUUUCGUGCAAGAAGGACAGCAGUGGAAACUUUCAACAACGAAAACCGUUGGAGGAAACGUGGUAUUGCUAUGGUACCGAUGGUUUACAAUCUUAAUUUCUUUGGUAAUUUCCAAUGUCACGUCGCUAUUUAUCAAACAGAUGGAACUGUUACAAUUUCACAUGGUGGGAUUGAAAUUGGGCAAGGAAUAAAUACAAAGGCGGUACAAGUGGUUGCUCAUUCAUUGGGCAUCGAUAUGAACAUGAUAUCUGUGAGUCCAUCGAAUAAUCUCACUGCAGCGAAUAAUUUAGCUACUGGAGGAAGUCAAACAAGUGAAGCAGUUUGUUUUGCUUUCCAAAAAGCAUGCGAAGUUUUGAAGAAACGUAUUGAUGAAGCUACAACAGCAGCUAAACUUCCAGCGGACACUCCAUGGCCUCAAAAAAUUCAAAAUUGUUACAAUAUGGGCGUGGAACUAAUUUCAAACCAAAUGUGGGUUAGUGAUCCAAAGAAUUCAAGGGCGUAUCCAAUAUAUGGUGUUGCUGCAACAGAAGUGGAAGUAGAUAUUCUUACAGGAAAUCUAAUAAUCCAGCGUGCAGAUAUCAUGGAGGAUGUAGGCGAUAGUAUGAGUCCUAUAAUUGACAUGGGACAAUGCGAGGGUGCUUACAUUAUGGGUUUGGGGUAUUGGACCAGCGAGGAAAUGAUUUUUGACCACGAAGGUCAGAAGAUGACUAAUCGCACUUGGACCUAUAAACCGCCUGGUUGCAAGGAUAUUCCAGUUGAUUUUAGGGUCAGGUUUCCGGACGGUAUGCCGAAUCCGUUGAGUCCAUUCAAAACAAAGGCUACCGGUGAACCUCCGCUUUGUUUGGCAUUCUCUAUUGCAUUAGCUGUUCGUCACGCAAUUAGAACCGCCAGGACCCAAUCGGAUCCCAAUGCGGAUCCAUGGGUACCAAUAAAUGGACCCUGUUCAGUGGAAUGGAAUUUCAUGAAUAGUCUUAAUAAUUAUAAACAAUAUAAACUUUAAUUGCUCUUUAUUUUCUUCGAUUUAUAAUAAUUUCAUUUAAUAAUUAAUUGCUGCGUUUACAUUUGGAAUUAUAGGGAAUAUAAUAAAUAUAUAAAAAUGCAUAAAAAUUUACAGUAUAAAGAUUCUGAUACAAAUGAUAGUCAUAGCAUUGCGGAUCUUGUGAAUAGAGAUAAUUCUGUGUAAACAAACACUGCUGCACCACUUUUUCUGAAUGUAUUUAGUGAACGAAACUAGAUUUUAUUAUACAGGCUUACGGACCG